AUGAGGUGGUUUUGGAUCCUCGGGCUGGUGGCUCUCUCGGAGGCCAUGAUACUGGUCCCUUUGACAAAGGUCACAACACUGCAAGAAAGCCUCUGGGAAAGAGACUUGCUCCAACAAUUCCUGGAGCUCAAUCCUUACACCAUCACCUACAGCCACUUCCACGGGGCCCAGGUUCCUGAUGUAGCUGUUCAGACUCUGAGAAACUACCUGGAGAUGUCUUACGUUGGCACCAUCAGCAUUGGAACGCCCCCUCAAACGUUCCAGGUCCUCUUUGACACAGGCUCCACGGACACCUGGGUGCCCUCCAUCUACUGCAACAGCCUCGCCUGCACUAACCACAAUGCCUUCAACCCUCUGGCGUCGACCACCUUCAAGUUCGUGGGCCAGCAGAUGUCCAUCAAAUAUGGUACUGGAAGUAUGAAGGGCUUUACCGGCAAUGACACUAUUAAGAUCGCUGGAAUUGAGGUGGAACAAGAGUUUGGUGUGAGCACCAGCAAGCCUGGCAAUUUCCUGGUCUCUCUGCCCUUUGACGGCAUCCUGGGCCUGGUGUACCCUGCCCUUGGCAUGAACAGCACUACUCCUAUUUUUGACACCCUGUGGAAAGGAGGCCACAUUGCUGAGGGCAUCUUUGCCUUCUAUUUGUCCAGCAACGGAGAGAACGGCAGUGUGGCCAUGUUCGGUGGCGUGGACAAAUCCUACUACAAAGGAGAGCUCAACUGGGUGCCUCUGUCCAGACCCCUCUUCUGGCAGGUCACCAUGGACCGUAUUUCCAUGGAAGGCAUGACCGUUGCCUGCAGAGAUGGAUGCCAGGCCAUUUUGGAUACUGGAACCUCGUUGCUCGUCGGACCAUAUAUGGACAUCUACAACAUCCACAGUCUCAUCAAGGCCCAGAAAAGCCUUAAUGGCGAGUACGUCGUGGACUGUGAAGCCGUUCACACCCUCCCUGAUAUUGUCUUUGCCAUCAAUGGCAUUAACUACACAGUGCCAGCCAGCACCUACACACAACAGUAUGGGAAAUGGUGCUACAGUAACUUCGAACAACCACCCUCCGACCUAUUGAAACAGAACUGGAUUCUAGGAGACGCCUUCCUGAGGCUGUAUUUCUCUGUCUACGAUCGGGAAAAGAACAGAAUUGGCUUGGCGCCCGCAGCAUAA